AUUUUCAAUUCUCUAUUUAUAUCAACUCCUACCCUAGACACCAUAAGCCAUAACAAUUUUUUUGCAUCUUCAAAACCAAGAAGAUCAAAAAGUCUUGUGUCCAUUUUGUCCUUUUCAACAACACACAAAAUCUUUGUUUGUUUAUUUCUGGGGUUUCGAUUUGUUUACAUCGAUUUGCUCAACAGGGUCAACUUCGUAUUCAUCGAGAUGCUGACCAUUAGAAAGAAAAUGUGGAUGUUUUCUUGCUAAUUUUUGUUUUCCCCAUAAUUUGUUUAAAGUUCACAUUUUAUUUUUUUUAAUCUUUUUAGUUUACAUCUUCUAUGGCAGUUAUGUUCUCAACUAUCACAAUUAACACUCAAUCUGCUGCCAAGAUUUUCUCAAUUUUCAAGAUUGUCCCUCGAAUGAUCUCUUUUUGGUUUGCUCCGACAACUCGCCCUCCGGGAGCUGACCCUUAGAUGGUACUAUCAAAUUUGUUUUUGAAUCCCAGUGACUAAAAAUCUUAGUUUUAGUAACUUAUGGUUUGUUGAAUCUUGUUUGAAAUGUGAAGUAUUGUUACAUAUACCAUCCAUAUACAAUAAUAUACAAAAAAAAAAGACUAUUGUAUUGGUGUGCAUUAAUUUGUUAGAAUGAACUUAGGUGAGUUUUGUGAGAAUGAGGCAAAAGGGGUUGUUCAAAGUUUGGUGUUGGAUAGUGAGAAAAGUGAAUUAGUGAAGGCUAGUGGAAGAGUGGAGAAAAAAAUUGGAAAAUCAGAGGGGAAAACAAUUGCUGCAUUGAAGAGCCAUAGCGAGGCAGAGAGGCGAAGAAGGCAGAGGAUCAAUGCUCAUUUGUCCACACUCAGGAAUCUUGUGCCAUCUUCUGAUAAAAUGGACAAAGCAGCAUUGUUAGCUGAAGUAGUCUGUCAAGUGAAACGAUUGAAGGAAACAGCAACUAAUGUUAGUGAAAGGUUCUUCAUACCAUUGGACUCUGAUGAAAUAAAAGUUGAAAUAAUUGCUGAAAAUGCAAUAGAUGGGACAUGUCUUUACAGGGCAUCCAUUUGUUGUGAAUACAGGCCUCAUCUUUUAUCAGAUUUAAAGGAAACUAUCAAUUCUCUUCAUGUGAAUUUAGUGAAGUCAGAAAUAUCAACGUUAGGAAGUCGCGUGAAGAACGUGUUUCUCUUCACGAAUUUGAUCGAUGGAGGACGUGCCAAUACUGAGGCUCGGGAAAUUUUCUUAUCCUCUGUUCGACAGGCGUUUAGUUGUAUACUGGAUAAAGUUUCUGCAUUUCCAGAAUAUUCAGCCUAUCCGAACAAGAGGCAACGUAUUUCUUGCUUCGAAUCUUCAAGCUUAUUAUUCUGAUGACGAUUAUCGCCAUUUUAUUAGUAUCAUUCAACUGCUUGUAUGUAUAUUGAUGUUUUCAUUAUCAUCAAAUAGUGGUUGAUUUGGAUUGGAAAUUUCAUGUUAUAUUGUACUGCCCCUCAGUGGCCUGAUGACUAUAUGUAAAUAGUUUGUUACCUAUUAUAGUACACACUCUUUAAUUUGUGUAUGCAGAAAGGCACAUUUCUUAAAUGGAGGGUGAUUG